GGCGGCCGGGGCGGGGGCGGGGGGGCGCUGCUGCUGCUGCUGCUGCUGCGGGGCGCAGGCGGCGGCGGUGAGCACCAGCCAUGCCGAAUAAAAACAAGAAGGAGAAAGAAUCACCAAAAGCAGGGAAAAGUGGAAAAAGUUCAAAAGAAGGACAAGACAUAAUAGAAUCAGAGACUUCCAGCAGGAAAAACAACCUUGCUGCUCCCCCGUCUACAGUGUCCAGCAAAAUAAAAGUGCCAGUCCCUCAGCCCAUAGUGAAGAAAGAGAAGCGGCAAAAUUCCUCCAGGUUUAACGCCAGCAAUAACAGAGAGCUUCAAAAACUGCCGUCUCUAAAAGAUGUUCCUCCUGCUGAUCAAGAGAAGCUUUUUAUCCAGAAGCUACGUCAGUGUUGUGUCCUCUUUGACUUUGUUUCCGACCCACUAAGUGACCUAAAGUGGAAGGAAGUAAAACGAGCCGCUCUAAGUGAAAUGGUGGAGUAUAUCACCCAUAAUCGGAACGUGAUCACAGAGCCUAUUUACCCAGAAGUAGUCCACAUGUUUGCAGUUAACAUGUUUCGAACGUUACCACCUUCCUCCAAUCCUACGGGAGCAGAAUUUGACCCCGAGGAAGACGAGCCCACGUUAGAAGCAGCCUGGCCUCAUCUACAGCUUGUUUAUGAAUUUUUCUUAAGAUUUUUAGAGUCUCCAGAUUUCCAACCUAAUAUAGCGAAGAAAUAUAUUGAUCAGAAGUUUGUAUUGCAGCUUUUAGAGCUCUUUGACAGUGAAGAUCCUCGGGAGAGAGAUUUUCUUAAAACUACCCUUCACAGAAUCUAUGGAAAAUUCUUAGGCUUAAGAGCUUACAUCAGAAAACAGAUAAAUAAUAUAUUUUAUAGGUUUAUUUAUGAAACAGAGCAUCACAACGGCAUAGCAGAAUUACUGGAAAUCUUGGGGAGUAUAAUUAAUGGAUUUGCCUUACCACUAAAAGAAGAGCACAAGAUUUUCUUACUGAAGGUGUUGCUACCUUUGCACAAAGUGAAAUCUCUGAGUGUCUACCAUCCACAGCUGGCGUACUGUGUAGUGCAGUUUCUAGAAAAGGACAGCACCCUCACUGAACCGGUGGUGAUGGCACUUCUCAAAUACUGGCCAAAGACCCAUAGUCCAAAAGAAGUCAUGUUCUUAAAUGAACUAGAAGAGAUCUUAGACGUAAUCGAACCAUCAGAAUUUGUGAAGAUCAUGGAGCCGCUCUUCCGGCAGUUGGCCAAAUGUGUGUCCAGCCCACACUUCCAGGUGGCAGAGCGAGCACUGUAUUACUGGAACAAUGAGUAUAUCAUGAGUCUAAUCAGCGACAACGCAGCAAAGAUCCUACCCAUCAUGUUUCCAUCCUUGUACCGCAACUCCAAGACCCACUGGAACAAGACGAUACAUGGCUUGAUCUACAACGCGCUGAAGCUCUUCAUGGAGAUGAACCAGAAACUAUUCGACGACUGCACCCAGCAGUUUAAAGCAGAGAAACUGAAAGAGAAGCUAAAAAUGAAAGAACGAGAAGAAGCGUGGGUUAAAAUAGAAAAUCUAGCCAAAGCAAACCCCCAGUACGCAGUGUAUAGUCAAGCGAGCACCAUGAGCAUUCCGGUUGCAAUGGAGACAGAUGGGCCUUUGUUUGAAGAUGUGCAGAUGCUGAGAAAGGCCGUGAACGAAGAGGCUCGCCAGUCGGUCGGGAGAAAAGCAGUGUCAACCAUGCAGAUAAGGAAGGUGUAGAGACGGAAAGGCCCAGAAGGAUCUGAAGAAGGACCGGCCUGGCGUGCGCCGCAAGCCCGAGCUGCCUCAGGACCCCCACACCAAGAACGCCUUGGAGGCCCACUGCCGAGCGGACGAGCUGGUGUCCCAGGACGGCCGCUAGCCCCCCGCGGGCCUGCCCGGGCUUCCCCGGAUUCUGUAGAAAAUACAUCCUUUUUGUGCCAUACAAAUCAGUUACACUCAGAGUCAGAGCUUUUCUUCGACCCCGUUCUGUAGGCAAUAACGCGCUUCGGCCUCAGCUCGAGAUUAGGAGUUCAAACAAUGGUGGCCCGGCCACCGCUUCCCCAGUCAGAGCUAAGGACAGCUCCCCGGCCUGCCUCUUCACGUCCUCCCCGGCCGGAAUCCGCCGUCAUUCAAAAUCAAAUAAGUGGUUCUAGGAGAAUAUCAAUGUUCUUCAAAUCAAAGGAACAGUUUUAAAAAAGUAUUACAUAUUUUUGAAGACUCUACAACUUGUUCCAUUGUUUCUCCAUGAUUGUUACGCCAAUAGCUUCUCUCUCUCUCUCUCUCUCUCUCUCUCUCUCUCUCUGUUUUUUUCCUUUCUUUUUAUCUCAUUGAGCUGGUUCUUUGCUGUCAUCGUUCUAACAUAACUUACUGGGAAACAUGACAUGACAAUCCUCAGCCGCUGUGUUUUCCGAUGGUAUCUCUUUACUUUGAUUAGUGACGCGUAUGCGGUGUCACUUGUGUUGUGUAUAGCUAAAGCCAUAUUUCCAAGCCCGGGGUCCAGCACCAGGGGCUCCGGGAAUUAAGCUCAUAGGAGAAACUUAUUUUAAACAGAGCUUUCUCUGUCUACCUUGACCGGAAUUGGAAUUUUAAAAUGAUGUGUCCAUUUUUGUUGUCGUUUGCAGGCUCUUAUUUUUCUCUACUUAAACAUUAUUGCCCUGUAACAAGGCUCUUGAGUUAAUAAAAGUUAUCAUCUCUAAGAAUUCAUUUUCUACGUUUUCUAGCAAGUAGAAGGAGGUCAUCUUGAGUCGGGCCAGUUCCUGGCCUGAUGAGAGCUGCAGGUGCCUCUGGGCAGAAAGUAGCAGGAGGCCACGGCCGGUGCCGGGCGCUGCCCCGAUGUCCCCUGGCUGCCGCGACGUGGUCCCCGGACCUCAGACGGGCGGCCGCGGCAGGAGGGCUGCAGCGAACCGCUUGAACCGUGUCCAGGCCAAAAGAGCACACAUUCUAAACACCUCAUAAGGAAAAUACAGCGUCUAAGUUCCCAUCGGUCUUCAAAUGCUGCUAUUAGAGUUCACGGACUUCCUUGCAUGUGUCGAGCUUUUUGUUUGGGAUGGAAUAGCACGGAGAGAAAACCCUUUACACCUAGUGCUUCGUCUGCUCUGUAUUUCUCUCAGGGUGGCCAGUAUUUUGACGUCUUUUAUCCCGCUUGAGAGCUGUUUGAGAUGCGUACUGCUAGUGAUUCUAGGUUCUUUUGUCUCUGGCAUAAGACUAUAUUAAAGUUCACGUUAAAUGUCUUGAUGCAUAAAAGAUAAAAAUGUGGCUGCUUUUAGGAUCUGUAUUUUAAUUGAGGUCUCGGGUGUCCAUGGAAACAUUGUGGAAAGCCGAUGUGGUGUCACUUAACAUCCACCCACGAUGUUUAUUUCCUUGUGUCCCUGGAGGAAGAUCAUGGGGGGGUGGGGGUGGGGGGUGGUUCUGGGUUAGGAGCCAAGUACUAACUAAAAAGAUCGCCCCAGCUGAAAGUGGGAAAGGCCACUUUGCGAGAAGAAACACUUCCUGAGAAACUUGACAAGUUACCUAUCCAUUUUACCAUUAUGAAAUUUAUAAUUUAAAAAAAAAAAAGUUUAGAUGCCUUCUCCUUUUGAGGGAAAAAGGGUGCUUUUUAUUGUAUAAAGCAGCGUCUUAUGUAUUUUGAUAUACCAUUGUUUGAACUUCCGUCUUUAGCUGAUAGACUCUCAAAUAUCCUUGAUUUUGGAUGUUCAGUAUGUGUGUGAGAGAGGGUUCUGGGAAGACUCUCUUCUGCCCUAGAUAAAAAGCAAAAUAUCCACGAUUGGGUGAUUGUAUAAAGCUCAACCUGUAAGAACACCUUUUUGUCGAGGUUUUAUUUCUGCUCUUUAUUGAAGACAAACAUUCACCAAAAAGGGGGGGAAAAUACGUUUUGAGAGAGACUAAUUUUCUUUGACAAGAGUAUUAUUUAAUAUUUUGGCCUAUUAAAGUUUUCCUAGUUAGUACUCAGACUCCCUGUGCUAAUUGUUCAACUUAUAUAUUAUUAUAUAGAUACACUGUUUAUUCUGUACCAAACUGAUUUCAAAAGUACUACAUUGAAAAUAAACCGGUGACUGUUUUUCUUCAUAAAGUUCUGCGUUCUUUCGGCAUCUUCACUCUUUCCAAAAUGUAUCUGUACAUCAGAAAUGUCACUAUUCCGAGUGUCUUUUUAGUGUGGCUUUAGUAUGGCUUCCUUUUAAUAUUGUACAUACAUUGUAUCUUUGUUUUAUGGUAAUAAGUAAUAAAAAUGUAGACUUCAUAUUUUGUACAAAAUGUCCUAUGUACAGAAUAAAAAAAAGUUCAUAGAAACAGCAAAAAUAGGUAAGUGGCACAAUUAUUUUUCUUUAGAAGAUAUCUGUAACUUUACGCUUUAGUGAAAUGUUAAGUACCUACAUAUUUUUUAACAUUUUGUAAUUCAAAACUUUUUGUUCUGACAUUGUUUAUGAAGAGAAAACUUCAUACACGUGCCAUUUAAUAUGCUCUUUUAUCCAAUUUUAAAAAAGAAAAACCUCUAAAAAUGGUGUAUUAUAUGGACUAAAUAAAGAACAUGUGAAUUUUA